UAUGGGCCUAAUUAAUUUCAAGGGUUUUGAAAGGGACCAAUCCUGAUCAAAUUCAAAUUAAAAUUGCCAGUUCUUCGAGCGAUGAAUCGAAUCGAGGUAUCGAAUUCGGGCUUCAUUCCUUGUGCUUCAAUCUUCAAAUUCACGGUUGCAGCACCAAUUGUACGUUUUGGUCCUCAAAGGCGCGAAGCGUUUGUACGAAUUAACAUGCUUCACUGAAUUAGAUAGUAGUACAAGAUGAAGUACGUGAAGCCAUUGAACUUGUUUCGUGAUUUGUUGAAGAGAAAUGGCCUUGAACAUGGCCGUCUGCUCGGUUUAGAUGUUGGUGAUAAGUAUGUUGGUUUGGCCGUCUCUGACCCAGAUAAUAAAAUCGCUUCCCCUCUUAGUGUUUUGAUCAGGAAGAAGACUAAAAUGCAUUUGAUGGCUGAGGAUUUUGAGAGAUUGAUCUCUAAAUUCUCCCUGGCGGGGUUCAUUGUUGGGUACCCUUCCCUUAGACUACGGCGCAACCCGGAUGCUGUGCAAGUGAAGAUCUUCAUUGAUGAGCUUUGCAAAACUGGAAAACUUGAAGAUGUAAAAUAUACUUUUUGGGAUGAGUGCUUUACAUCAAAGAAUGUGGAACUACUGAUAAAGCCAUUGAAACUGCCCCCCAUUUUGUCAAAGACAGUAAUGGACAAAUUUGCUGCUGUUGGAAUACUUCAGGGUUACUUGGAUUAUUUUAACAGAAGACCGGAAUUGGAAGAGCGGUAGAGUAAGAUGGACUAUAUGGGAUCAGACAUUUGAUUCUCCUUUCUGUGUGUGGGAUGAACAAUUUGUUUUGAAGCUCCCGGUUCUAAAGAUGCGAUGGAUAUACUUUGAUAAAUUGAUAUUAUCGUCAGUUUUAUCUUAAAGGAGUGAAUUAUCUGCUCACAAUCGACUAAUAAGCUAAUGGGGUCCCCCUUUAGGUAGACUUUUUCUUGUAGGAAUUCUAUCAAAUGCUUGUUUCCAUGUUUGUUUAUUUCUAAAUUAUUAGUAAUGACAACAAUUGUACCAUAUAGUUUGUCUAUAUUACAAAUCACGCUCUUAUAUUUUAAA